GGUAUACAAAAUUUAUAAAAUGCAGUUUAUAAUUUGAUACUUUUAUAAUACCGUAAUUGUGCGAAAUAAAUUUUAAAUAAAGUGAUAGGGUGUAAUUAAUAGAUAUCUGAAGCUGCAUUACGAGUAAACUGUUAAAUUAUUCUUAUUGUAUUAUGACUUGUUUAUUAGAACAAAACAAAUUCGAAUGUCGGGUGAGUUCAGUAUUAAAUAGGAAUAAUCGAUUGUAUGGGAAGAAGCACAUGUUUGACAAUUGCCCGGAAACAUGUUGGAACUCUGAAGCAGGAAGUCCGCAAUGGAUAGCUAUUGAUUUCGAACAAGAAUGUAGCCUAAGUUCGUUUGAAAUUGAAUUUCAGGGAGGAUUUGUAGGCAAAGAUUGUCACAUAGAAGUUUGCGAUAAAGAAACUGAAUUACUCGAACCAUUUUAUCCAGAAGAUAAAAAUACAGUACAAAGAUUUAGUUUAGAACGACCAAAGAAAGCAAAAACUUUUAAAUUCGUUUUCAAUGAAAGUACAGAUUUCUUUGGCAGAAUAAUCAUAUACAAAUUAUCUCUAUAUUCAUAAAUUUUAGGUAAUUUAUUCACUAUGUUUUGAAUAAAAUAAAUACAAUUAAAUAUUA